CCAUAAUUAAUCACAUCUCCGCUUUGAGCAAACCCCUCGACAACAUUCUGUACUGCUAUCUGGUUGGGCCUUCUUUCACAUAUGCUUUUAUUUGUUUGCAUCUGCAGGUAUCGCUGCAAUGCAAUCACUGACCUUUUCGUGAUGUUCCUUCGGCGGCGGGGAUGAGCUCCAGUAUACCGACAUGUGAAUACCGGCUGAUAGCACUUCACCCAGCGGUAGAUGGCAGAACCAUAUCGACCAUAAAUUCACCCACCUUUCUUUCAAGAAAUAAAAGGUAUCUAUGAUUCUUGGAUGUACUGGUACAGACGGUUCGUACAUUGGUAUGUGAAUAUCAUUUCUGGGGAUCCGAACAGUGCCAAUCGAUUACGUCGUACUACCCCACCAUAUCAACACCUGCCCCGCGGCCUGCCGUCUCCUCCAUUCACCAUUACAGCGUGAGAUUCCUACGCCUCACCAGAGUCACUCCAGUAGCUUCUCUAUAUGAUGCCUUUCUCGAGCAACUCCAAAGGCCGCACAGCCUCCCACGCCGGUUCAUGGUACACGGAUGAUGGCAAGAAACUCCAACGACAGCUCGAUGAGUGGCUGGACCAGGUCCCCAGCUCAGCACGCCCUAUAGGCACCGCAUCUUCGCAGGAAGGUGAAUACUCGCCGCCAGUCUCGAAUGCACGAGCUAUCAUUGCACCGCAUGCUGGUUACGCGUACUCCGGGCCUGCAGCAGCGUGGGCUUACAAGAGUGCAGACUGGGCGAACGUCAAACGUGUCUUUCUCCUCGGUCCAUCUCACCACCAUUACCUUCCCGUUGCCGCCACGACCAAUUACUCAAAGUACGAGACACCGUUGGGAGACUUGGUCAUAGAUGUCGAUUUCACAGCCAAGAUUAAACAGGAAUGGAAACUCCAAGUCAUGGACCCGCGGACAGACAAAGCCGAGCAUAGUCUGGAGAUGCACCUACCUUACAUCUAUCGGAUGCUUUCCCUCCAUAACAAGAGCUUCCAAGAAGACCCAGCCGCCGUUCCUCUUGUCCCCAUCAUGGUCGGCGCCACCAGGCCCAAAAUCGAACGCGACCUCGGUGCACACCUUGCCCCCUACCUAUCCGACCCAACAAAUAUCUUCGUCAUCUCCUCCGACUUCUGCCACUGGGGAUCGCGGUUCAGCUACACAUAUUACCAGCCGCAAGAAGGGUCCGCCGUGAACCUCCGUUCCAACACUCCCUCUUCUGAAACAAGGGAGUACCCUAUCCACGAGAGCAUCAAAGCUGUCGACUUUGAGAGUAUGGAUGCAGUGGAGAGUGGAGUGCACGAGGAUUUCUUGGAGCAGCUAGAGAGGACGGGGAACACGGUGUGUGGAAGACAUCCUAUCGGCGUGUUUAUGGCGGCGGUCGAGCAAGCGGAGCUUGGUGAGGGGAAGGGCAGGUUCAGGUUUGUGAGAUAUGAGAGGAGCAGCGAGGUGGAGCGCGCAGAUGAUAGCAGUGUCUCGUAUUGCAGUGCGUUUGCUGUACUAUAA